AUGGACUCCCUAGCAAACUCAAUCAACCAAUUUGCCCUGGAGUUCAGCAAAAAACUGGCUGAAACUGAUGAGGGUAAAAAUAUCUUCUUCUCCCCUUGGGGCAUCUCAACUACCUUGGCCAUGGUAUAUUUGGGCACCAAAGGUACCACUGCAACCCAGAUGGCCCAGGUACUUCAAUUUGAUACAGAUCAGGAUGUCAAAUCUUCUCCUGAAAAUGAAAAGAAAAGAAAAGUGGAUCUCAACUCAGACCAGGUUGGAGAAAUACAUUUUGGCUUCCAGAAACUAAUUUCAGAAAUCAACAAUCCCAGCAACACCUACAUUCUUAAAACAGCCAACGGGAUCUAUGGGGAGAAAACAUACCCAUUUCACAACAAAUAUAUAGAAGACAUAAAAACAUAUUUUGGUGCAAAACCGCAGUCUGUGAACUUCGUGGAAGAUUCUGACCAGAUCAGAAAAGACAUCAACUCUUGGGUUGAAAGUCAGACGGAGGGUAAAAUCCCGAAUCUCUUACCUGAUGAUGCUGUGGAUUCUGCAACCAAAAUGGUUCUGGUGAAUGCCCUUUAUUUUAAAGGACUUUGGGAACAUCAAUUCUCAGUCCAAGACACCACAGAGAAACCCUUCAGAAUCAACAAGACUUCAAGCAAACCAGUGCAAAUGAUGUCGAUGAAAAAAAACCUUGAAGUUUUUCACAUAGAAAAGCCACAAGCCACGGGCCUUCGACUUGACUACAAGAACCGGGAUCUCAGCUUGCUCCUAAUACUGCCAGAAGAUGUCUGUGGGCUGGACCAGCUGGAGAAGGCCAUCACGUAUGAUCAGCUGAGUGAGUGGACCAGCGAAGACAUGAUGGAGAUGUACACCGUCGAACUUCAUCUUCCCAAGUUCAAGCUGGAACAGUCUUAUGACCUCAAGACAACCUUAGCCAGUAUGGGCAUGAGUGAUGCCUUUAACCAGAGCAAAGCUGAUUUCUCGGGCAUGUCCGAUGAAAGAAACUUAUAUUUGUCCAAUGUCUUCCACAAGUCUUUUGUGGAAAUAAAUGAACAAGGUACAGAGGCUGCAGCUGGCUCUGCGAGUGAGAUUAGUGUACGAAUUAAACUCCCCACCAUUGAAAUCAAUGCAGACCACCCAUUUAUCUUCUUCAUCAGGCACAAUAAAACCAAUAGUAUUCUCUUUUAUGGGAGGUUCUGCUCACCUUAGAUCCCAGAUCUAUCUUAUCAGACAAGACCAUUUAUAGUGUAAGCCAUGUUCAUCAGACUGAAAAUAAAACAAACCCACAAUUUAUAAAAAACAGUUGGUAGACUUUUUCACAUUUAAACAUCAGCAAGUGCAUAUACAUUGCUUUACUUGUAGUGAUUUUAUCUAAUAUAAGUAGCCAGAGAACAUGGAAAAUUUAAUUUUUAUUCUUAAAUUUUUUAAUGUGAUUUUUGUUUUAGUUUUAGAAAUUACAUUGCUCUUUGUGAUGCCAAGUGAUGCUGUGGUUCCCUGGUAUUAUCAUUGUCAUUUAAGGUUCACAUUCAUCAACUCUAUUAAAAGGCUAUCAGGACAAACAAGAAUUUUCCCAAGAAUAAUAUUUUGAUGGUUCAUAAAGUACUAAAAUUAAUCACUCUCCUUUUCUAUUUUGAUAGUGGAAAAUGAAAAAGCUAUAAAGAUCUGAAUAAAAUCUAGAAUUUAGUAGCAAUUUAGUAAUGUUGGCUUCUUAGUUUUUAAAGAAUAUAUCCUAGUA